AUUACAACACAAGUACACACAACACUCUCAAAAACCAAAAUUUACAUCACAACUUUUAUAACUUUUAAUUUUCCCUUCUCUCUCUCUCAAAUCUCAAACCCAAUUUCAAUUAACGCUAUUGUUCAAAUGUAGAAGAACAGAAAAACACUUUCCAAACUCUAUUUUUAUCCGAUUUCAGAUUUGUUUAUAAAUUAUUAUAACCGUCGUUGAUUCGGUUAACUCGAAAUGGAAUCGAAUCCAAUGUCUUCCAGUUUCACUCCGCAGUUAAGCGGCGUCUCUAGGUUGAGAUCUUCCUCCAUUAAGAAGUUGCCGGAACCCUUACGCCGCGCCGUCGCUGACUGCCUCUCUUCACCUAUCGCCUCCGCUAACGAACCUUCCAGAAUUCUUCGGGACUAUCUGAAAGGUCCUAUGACCACAGACAUGGCUUACAGUGCAAUUCUGGAACAUACUAUUGCGGAGAGGGAGCGCAGUCCUGCAGUAGUUGCAAGGUGUGUGGCACUAUUAAAGCGGUAUCUUCUAAGAUACAAACCGAGCGAGGAGACAUUACUUCAGAUAGAUCGUUUUUGUUCGGCUGUAAUUGCUGAAUGUGUUAUUAACCCAAAUCAGCCAUGGUCACAAUCUAUGAAUCGACAAUCUGGUGCUUCCACAAAUCCAUCUCCUUUACUUGUAUCCAGUGUCGCUUCUGAGGCACAUGUGAAGUCACUGAGUUAUGUGCGCUCCCUAGUGGCACGACACAUUCCCAAACGGAUUUUUCAACCAGCUUCUUCAUCGGGAAAAUCACUGCCAACAUUGUCAUCUUUACUGAGUAAAUCUUUCAAUUCUCAACGUAGUCCUGCUAUUGUUCCAGAAACGCCAAGUUCUUCAAGUGUUCCAAAAUCAUUACAGGAAGACUCCAUCAUGCGCACUGUAUCAAAGUCAUUAAAACGUGAAAAAGUUGAUGAAAAGAAUGAAUUAGGGUUCAUUGCCCAUGAUGUUCUGAAAUGGCGCUGGCUUGAGCAACCGCAGUCGUCAUCAGUUGGGACUGAAAGUGUUCGUGGUCAAUAUAUGACAUCCCAUAGUAGUUUCUUAGAAGUAGGUGCAGCAGCUUUACUCGUAGGAGACAUCGAAUCUAAGAUGAAGGGGCAACCAUGGAAAUUUUUUGGAACUGAUGAUAUGCCUUACCUGGAUCAGCUAUUGCAGUCUUCUCCUGUAACACCAAUUACAAAUUCUGUCUCUGCUCGUUGCCACCUGAGAGCAAUAACAGCAUCUAAGCGCAAAAAAGCAGGCUCUCGUCAUAUAUGGCACGAUUCUCCCGUGAUUACAUUUCGUCCCCGAGCUCGACAGCUUUUCCAGUAUCGUCAUUACAGUGAGCAACAACCUCUACGAUUAAACCCUGCCGAGGUACAAGAAGUUAUUGCAGCAGUUUGCUCUGAGGCUUCUUCCCCAGGCACCAAUGUUAUGACAGUGUCAACUAGACUAGGCAAUAACAGUGGAAAACCAUCAACGGAUGUGGCUGUUAGCGUCCUUAUUAAACUAGUUAUUGACAUGUAUGUUUUAGAUUCUCAGACAGCUGCUCCUCUCAUUCUUUCUAUGCUUGAGGAGAUUCUUAGUUCUUCUGAAACAGGUUGCAGGAUUCGGGCUUUCGAUUUGAUUCUAAACCUAGGGGUUCAUUCUCAUCUCCUAGAACCUAUGAUUGUUGACGAUGCUUCCAUAAUUGAAGAAGAAUAUUCUCAAGAAUCCUACUAUGACAGCCACACUCAAAUUAUGAUGCAAGGAAGCAGAAAAGGAAGUUCUCAGAAUAAAUCAGACACAGUCUCUGCAAUUGAUAAUUUUGAGCCGUGGAUUAUAAAUAUUCUGUAUGAGAUACUGCUUCUACUUGUUCAGACUGAAGAAAAGGAGGAAUCUGUUUGGGCAUCUGCACUCAGCUGCUUGCUUUAUUUUGUCUGUGAUCGAGGAAAGAUCAAGAGAAAUCGCUUACAAGGACUCGACAUAAGGGUUCUGAAAGAACUUAUAAGAACCAGCAGGGAGAACUCCUGGGCAGAAUUAGUUCAUUGCAAGCUGAUUUCCAUGUUAACCAACAUGUUUUACGAAGUUCUUGAUGAAGUUACAGAGCCUGUUCCUAGAAAACCAAAGUUUCUUGUGGAUCAACUUGAUCUGAUUGGAGGAGUUCAAUUUAUUUUCAUUGAGUAUUCCCUUGCAAACUCAAGAGAAGAAAGGAAAAAUCUGUAUUCAGUGCUUUUUGAUUACAUUCUGCAUCAAGUAAAUGAAACAUGUAUAGCUACAGGUGUAAAUGAAUACAGUGAUGAUGAGAUCCAACCUCUUGCUUCUCUACUUGCUCAAGCAAAUGCGCCUGAGGCAUUUUAUAUUUCUGUCAAACUUGGGGUAGAAUGCAUUGGGGAGAUUUUGAGAAGAUCAAUUGCAUCUACUUUGUCCAGAUAUCCUAACAGUGAACGACUAAAUGUGCUUCUGAAAACUGUUGCAGAGAAGUUUGACACCGUAAUAAGUUCAUUCACACAUCUGGACAAGGAAUUCUCUCUUAUGAUUCAGAUCACUAAAUCUCACAAGUUUUUUGAAAAUAUGGAUAAUGCGUCUCUGCAAAAUGGCAUUAAGUUGCAAGCAAAACAUUCAUGGGUCACUUUACAUUCGCUUCUUCAUUCUGAAAGAAUUUCGUACCGUCAAAAUGGGUAUAUCUGGUUAGGGGAUCUGCUUAUUGCUGAAAUUAGUGAGGAGAGAGAUGGAAAUAUAUGGUCAAGUAUCAAAUACUUCCAGCAGGAAAUUGCUCAAGCAGGAACUCAGGAUUUUUUGGAUACAUCAAAUAUUCCUUUGUCCAUUUUACUUCUAUGUGGCCUUCUAAAGUCCAAAGACAACUACAUUAGAUGGGGAUUUUUGUUUGUUCUUGAAAGACUUCUUAUGAGAUGCAAAUUUUUUCUAGAUGAGCAUGAAAUGCAGCUAUCAAACAGCAAAACUCUGGGGUAUGGCAAGAAAGAUUGGCAUCUUGAGAAAGCCAAUGCAGUGAUCGACAUAAUGAGCAGUGCUUUGUCUUUGGUGUUUCAGAUAAAUGAAACAGACCAUAUCAAUAUUCUGAAGAUGUGUGACAUACUAUUCUCUCAAUUGUGCUUAAGAAUUCCUCCUGCUACCGCUCCACCCUUUGGUGAUGAUGUGCAGCAAGAUAGAAAUUUAAAUCUCACUAGUGUAAGCAAAAAAUCUGGCAUUGAUAAUCAUGUUCCCAAACAAGAUACCUUCCUAUGGGAUGAACACAUGGAAGAAUCUAAUAGAAGACCUGGCCACCCUAAUAACUACCAUCCAGAUCACGAGGCGGCAUCAAUGGCAGCUCUUCUCCAAGGACGAGCUAUAGUCCCCAUGCAGUUAAUUGCACGUGUUCCUGCGGCCUUACUAUAUUGGCCACUCAUUCAAUUGGCAGGAGCAGCAACCGACGAUAUUGCUUUAGGAGUUGCUGUUGGAAGUAAAGGAAGAGGAAAUCUGCCUGGUGCCACAUCAGAUAUUCGGGCUAUACUUAUCUUACUUCUUAUUGGUAAAUGCUCAGCAGAUCCUGUUGUUUUCCAGGAAGUAGGCCAGGAACAAUUUUUCAGGGAACUUUUGGAUGACACGGAUUCAAGAGUGGCAUAUUAUUCAUCUGCUUUUCUUCUGAAGCGAAUGAUGACGGAGAAGCCAGAGAAAUAUCAGCACAUGCUUCAGAAUCUUGUUGUUAAAGCUCAACAGAGUAACAAUGAAAAACUGUUGGAAAAUCCAUACCUUCAAAUGCGAGGCAUAAUUCAGCUGGCAAAUGAUCUUGGGUUUGACUUGUGAUCUUCAUUAACAUGACUUUCUGGAAGGAUAUAUUGUUUGGAGUUGGAGAUCUGUGUUGGUUUAAGAAAGUGCCACCAUUGGUUCUCAUGAAGAUCUUUCAUCAUUCAAUUGGCUUAGAUUUUGAAACACUUAUAUCCAUGAAAUGUUUGCUUCCAUAAACAGAUUUAUUUUUUAACAUGGCCAAUGAGGGUAUAUAAAUUUGGCCAGAGAAUGAGAGUGUGGCCACAGAAUGAGAGCCAAUGGAAUUGGGCUGCGCAUAAUAUUGAGCGAUUUUUCUGAGAAGUAAUUAACAGAACUCAACAUGCUGCAUGCCCUCAACUCCUGUUGAUCUCUUCAGUGAUAUUACUUUUUUGGAGAGCCAUGUUUUAUCUGCCAUCACUCCUUCAUCUUCCCCGAGUAUGUGAACAGCAACUGAGAAGGCAGGGUUCUGUUGAGGAUAAUUUUGAAUGCACCUGAUUUUGACCCAGCUACUGAUUGUUGCUGAGCUAGGCCUUCCUUCAGUUGCUGGCUGGCGGGCAUUGAUUUUGAAUGAAAUUAUGUGCAGAAGAAUUAUAUAAGAUUCUUUCUUUUGUACAGGAUUAGAUUCCCACAAGGCCUUCAGAUUUUUUCAUGUAUGAAGGCUACCUCUAUGCUUGUUUUUUUUACUAGGCAUACAGGACCUGUCGCGGGAACAGAUAGAACUCAGUUUUGUAAGUUGUCAAUAUAUAAUAUAUCACAGGUCACAAGGAGAUCGAUCCUUUAAUAAGGGGUAUCUUGGGGUGUCUACUUUUAGAUGCAUCCCUUGCUGCUCUCCUUGUUCCCUGUAAAUCUGUGAUUUAAUGUUUUUCUUUUCCUUUAUGAUCCAUUCCCUUUUUGCCAAAAUUGUAACAUGUAGUAAGAAGCUACUGUGUACAUUAUCUAUUCAUAAUUUUAUCAUAGGAAUGGUUGUGUGUAACAAUUUUCUUGAUAAUAACAACCCCGUAUUCAUUCCUUUUA